AUGGCACCCAUGAGCGACCCGAAUUGCGUGGAACCGGCGUGUGCCGACAAGCUCAGCUUCUUCAAGAUGUCGACUGGCAAGAAGACCAAAAAAGAAGCUACGGAUACAAAGCUGCCUAAGGAUUGCCCCUUGGAUCGACAGGAGCUGGGCACUGCCACGUGGGGACUGCUGCAUUCAAUGGGCAUUUACUUCCCCGAAAAGCCGUCACCAGAGUACCAGGCCAAAGCCAAGAGCUUUAUCGAGACGUUGGCACUGAUGUAUCCGUGCGUGCAUUGCGCUGAGGAUUUCCAGAAGGAGGUUGCCAAGUCUCCGCCACGUGUCGAGUCGCGCACGACUUUCUCGAUGUGGCUGUGCGAACAGCACAACAUUGUGAACCGGAAGUUACAUAAGCCCGUGUUUGAAUGCACGAUGGCAAAUCUAGAGGAGCGAUGGCGGAAGGGAAAACCGUCGUGCUGGGGCGAAGACGGCGACGAAGGUUAUGCGCAGGAAACACUCAGAUAA